CAAGCCAAACAAUUCCGUUUCAAUUGUCGCCUAUUGGAGAACACGGUUUGCUUUUUGCACCAUUAUCACCACGGCAAUACCUUUCAAAUCUCAACGUGCAGAGAAGUCGUUCCUCAGCAUCCACAAAGAAAGCAGGUACUUUCCACGUACGCUCAACGAAAAUCCAAGGGCCAGAAAGACAGUCCAAACAGUACCAGUGUUCGUUCACACACGCACACGUACAGACAGACACACGCGCGCACGCGCAUCUGUAACCUGCGAGCCCAUUGCCACCACCCACCACUGGUAUCACUACCGUGUAUCCAUUACGUUGCGAUUGUAAUAGAUUUUUUGCUUUCUUGACUCCGCAUAUAUAACGCAUAUCUGGCGCAGAGCCAGGGCGAUCGAUCUCUACCCAAAACGCGGACAUCGUUCCUUCAAACGGAUCAUUAGUCUGUCUAAGACAGAAGACGAAAGUUUAGGAGUAGAAAUCGACACUUAAAGAAGAUUGUAAGAGGUCACAGCGCGGCAGACGUGCAAUCCGCAGGUCCUGUGCAUCCGAACCAAAUAGGAUCCAUAAUCCACACACGACGACGCGUCGCCUCGGGCUGCUUGUCAUUGCUUGGCCGUGAUUCAUCACCGAUAAAACGGCCGUGGCGUCGUAGCCUCUGUAUAACCAUCAGUCUAUCAUUACUUUCCUCUCGCGCAGUAUACAUCAAUCAAUAGUCGCUUUUUGUUCUUGAACUCCCGACGUCCGCGUAACACUACCUGCCGACACGAUUUACACCGCCAUGACUUCUUUUUCAGAUACCUCGUCCGCAUCUCCUCUGCCCGUCACACCCUCAUCGAGUCGACGCGCGCCAUCUCCUGUGGUGGCCGCGUCUUCUCUCGCCACUCACGAUCUUUCUACUCCUGUAUCAUCCGGUCCUUAUAUCACCCCGCCUCCAUCGCUUCGACUGUACUCUUCUGCCCUCAAGGAAAAAAUGGCUGCUGGUAUGACUGCAGCAAUGCGCGAGCUGAAGGGUGAUCGAGACGGACGAGAGCGCAAAUACGACGUAGAAUAUGGGUACGAUGAAGAUCCUAUCGAACGCCACGUGAAACUAUUCCUCACUCCUCGAACUGCCAUUCGUCCUGACCGUCCUCGGCCAUCGUUAUCCCAUCUGUCAACUAGCGCAAGCAUCAGACCUGUAUCAGCACCUCCAGCAGUCAAGAGUGCAAAACUCCGUGUGACGGAUGAUGGAUAUGGCGUCAAUAUGACAGUGGAUGAUUCACAACGGAUCGAGCUUGCAGUGUCAGACGAAAGCGAUACCGAGAUGUUAGCAGCGUCUCCAUCUACUGUCGGACAGUCGCCAGUGUUGACGCGCGAGCGAGACUCGUUUGUGCCAGGAUUAAUCAAAUUUCACCGUGCCUAUCCCAGUUCCAGCAGUUUAAUGCCUCCUCGACCUGAUGCCUGGCGGACAGACAGCACAGGUUCUACCGCGAGUAGCAUUGCUAGUGAAGCCAGCUUUGAAGCUAUUAAAGCGGAGGACAUGGUUAGCCUGUAUGGUGGAGGAGGCGGCGUGAAACGGGCUGAGGGUCCUUUUCACGAAGAGACAUAUUGGGGAGAUGAAUCAGAAUGGGGUUUCAACCGGGCAUCUAUGCUUUCAACUUCGACCAAUGAAACCGUUCGACCCGCUAAAACUCCCAAACGAACACCCACCUCCACCGUCCACACGUCAUCUCCUACAGCUACUCUUGCCUGUUCGUUAUUGCCACGUGCCACGCUCUCGCCUGCUCCACAUCAGCAACCGCCUCCGCGCCGGCCAGGGUGCUCACAGCAGAUGAGUGCGGCGAGCGAUGAUGGAAGAAGCAUUGAUGGCUUAGGUGAUCUUAGCAUGGAAAACGACCCUGUAUGGCUAAAAGAGAGGACGCUCAGUGAAAAGAUGGUGCUUCAAGCAGGGUUAAGAAGUCAACGGCAGAGAGUAGAAGUUAGAAGAAGAUAAUGAGAUGCUAAAUAGGUGAUUGAGGGAUAAGCAGGGAGUUUGGGUCGCUAUAUUUGGCUUUUUGGUCUGUUGUGGCAUUCAUUAUUUAUGUUGUAAGCAUGCUGGCAUGCUGUAGCGUAUACUCUGAAUAAUUAUCCUAUAUAUUAUGAAGAGAAAAAGAAAGCACGUCUGAUGCUGUUUAUGCGUAUUACGUACACCUUAGUGAUGACAUACGCUUACUAUGAUAGCAGAGCCAUUGUUGUUGGUCAGGUCGUCAUUCGUGAAACGAAGAUAAAGGAAAGAUGACAAACUACAUAACGGAUUGACCUGUUAUGCCUGUGUUCGUUAUGCGUAAUUUGUCGUCUGUUUACC